GAGCGGCCCCCUCCCCACAGCCCAUUUCCCGGCCUCCAUCCACCGGCAUUCCCGUCCGCGCCAGCACCACCUCCCCCGACCGCAGCCCCCCCGACCCCGCUCUCGGGGACGCGGGCGGACGCCCCGAUCCUACCCGGCAGCUCCGGGACCGGGACCGGGACCGACACCGGCAGCGGGACGGGGCUCCCGCCGCCUCUCCGAACUUCCCGCCCCAGCGCCCCGAGUGACGUCACGACGCCGCGACGCCCGGCCAGGAGGAAGUCACGUGCGCCCAGAGCCGGGCGCGCCCCCGACGCCGCCGCGCACGCGCGGGCGCUGCCGCGGGGCUUUUUCUUUUUUUUUUUUUUUUUUAAUCCCUUUCAUUUUUUUUUUAUUUUUUUUUUUUUUUCCCUUCUUCCCUUCCUCUUCCUCGGCUAAACCGAGCGAACGAGCAGCGCGUCGCGGCGGGACUGGCGAGAGAGGCGGCAGAGCUGGAGCCGCGGACGGGCCGGGCGGAGCCGAAGCGGUGUGGCCGCUGUGGCGGCGGCGGCAGCAGGUCAGGGGGCGGGGAGGGGCUCCGGGUUUGCCGGUUCCAGCGGUGGCGGCGCAGACAGGGGGCGCUGUCCUCCCCUCAGCGUCUUUCCCGCCUCCCGCGCGCUCCCCUCACGGCCCGGGCGGGGGUGGGGGGGGGGUCCCGUCGGUCCCCUCAGGUCAGCGCUCCCCGCCGGCAUCGCUCUGUAACCCCGCUGUAACCCUGACCCGUCCUUUGCCCGCCCCCGGGCAUCCUCCUCUCCCCGUGGCCGCUGAUCCCGGCUCGUGUGGCGCUUUCCUGAGGGCUCGUGGCCGCCCCGCGGCGCUGAGGCGGCUUUGCCCGCCGGUGAUGCCCCCGUGCCUGUGCUGCGUGGUGUCGUGGCCUCACGCCUCGUGUUGGGGCCGAGGGACUCGUGCUCAGCGGUCUUUGGGCCCCACAAACAUAGUCUGAGCUUUUUUUUUUUUUUUUUUUUUUUUUUUUUUUUUUAAGUGUUAUCGCGGAAAAAUCUGUGAGUCGCUGCAGUGGUCAGCACCUGUGCCGUGGUAAGUGUAUGGUGGUCAGGCUUCUCAGGAUAAAUCACGGCUAGAAAAAUCUUCCUUGCAUUGUGGUCUGCCCCUUAUUUGAAGAGUAAAGAAGAGUGACAGGAAUGGAGACUGAAACAGCGAGAGAGAAAGCCAUGGAGGAAGAAAGCACUGAACAGAAAAAGGAGAGAGAGAAGAAGAAGAGGUCCAGAGUGAAACAGGUGCUGGCAGAUAUUGCCAAGCAAGUGGAUUUCUGGUUUGGGGAUGUCAAUCUGCACAAAGACAGGUUUCUUCGAGAACAAAUAGAGAAGUCCAGAGAUGGCUAUGUUGACAUAUCACUUCUUGUUUCUUUCAACAAAAUGAAAAAAUUGACUACUGAUGGGAAGCUGAUCGCUCGGGCAGUUAAGAGUUCAUCUGUUGUAGAGCUGGACUUGGAAGGAACCAGGAUCAGGAGGCGCCAUCCUCUGGGCGAGCGCCCAAAGGACGUGGACAGUCGGACUGUCUAUGUGGAGCUGCUUCCCAAAAAUGUCAAUCACAGUUGGAUUGAGCGGGUGUUUGGGAAGUGUGGCAAUGUAGUUUACGUCAGUAUCCCCCGGUAUAGAAGUACUGGGGAUCCAAAGGGCUUUGCUUUUGUUGAAUUUGAAACUAAAGAACAAGCAGAGAAAGCCAUUGAGUUUUUGAAUAAUCCACCAGAAGAAGCACCACGGAAACCUGGGAUUUUCCCCAAAACAGUAAAGAACAAACCAGUUCCUACACUCAAUUCAAGUGAUAACACUGUAGUAGAAGAGAAGAAAAAGAAGAAAAAGAAGAAAUCCAAAAUCAAGAAAGAGAGCAAUGCGCAGGCAGCUGCAGAGCCAAAGGAAUCAAACACUAACAAUACAGCAGAGCCGGUACUAAAGUCUAAAAGACACAGGACUCCAUCAGACUGUUCUGAGAUGGAGGCAACUGAGGCUCCCAAACAGCCCUCCAAAAGGGAGAAGAGGAAAUGGGACAGAGCAGAGAGCUCAGAGGUAACCUGGGAAAGCAGGCCAGGAAAGAGGAAAAGAACCACCUCAGGAGAUGGGGAGACAUCAGCUCCAAAAGUUAUGAAAACUGCCGAAAAAGAUGAAGUUGAAACAGUAAAAGAAGAAACAACAGAAGCUCCAAAAGAUUGCAAUGAAGUUUGUGCAGGAGAAGACAAAGAUAAAAAAGACACAUCCCUUUCCAAAUCUAAAAGGAAACACAAGAAAAAACACAAAGAAAGACACAAAAUGGGUGAAGAAGUCAUUCCCCUCAGGGUGCUCUCCAAGACUGAAUGGAUGGAUUUGAAACAAGAAUAUCUGGCCCUGCAGAAAGCCAGCAUGGCCUCCUUGAAGAAAACCAUGUCUCAAAUCAAACCUGAGCCCGUGGGAGAGAUGGAGACAGAAUCUGGUGCGCAGAAAUCUGAAAAUGACAAAACCACCAGUGAAGAUUGUGCCCCUCCCGCCAAGGGCAACACAAUGGGGCCUCAGUUUGUCAGCGGAGUAAUUGUGAAGAUCAUUAGCACCGAGCCCCUGCCGGGCAGGAAGCAGAUCAAGGAUGCUCUGGCAGUGCUGGCUGAGGUGGCUUAUGUUGACAUGCUGGAGGGAGACACCGAAUGUCACGUCCGUUUUAAGACUCCUGAGGAUGCACAGACUGUCAUGAAAUCAUACAAAGAAAUACAGAUCAAAAACAACUGGAAAUUCGAAGUUCUCACUGGUGACCAUGAACAACGUUACUGGCAGAAGAUUUUGGUGGACAGACAGGCUAAGCUGAACCAGCCUCGAGAAAAGAAGCGGGGUACUGAGAAGUUGAUUGCCAAAGCUGAAAGAAUGCGACUGGAGAAGACUCAACAGACAAGCAAACACAUUCGAUUCACUGAUGACAACUAACCAGGGCUGAUGGUGAGCUUGCAAGUGAACUGUAGGUAUUCCAAACCAAACAAGCAAAACCAGCCCUCACAAGCACUGCUGCUAACAGCAAGUAAACCCGGGCCCUUGGAUCCAUAACUCUGCAGACUGCAAGUGUGAAGAUUGGUUCCCAAUCCCAUUUUUAAUAGGCUGAAUGUUUUCUGCUUCUGAGCCCUUAGGUAAAGCUUUUUGGAACAUGUGUAUUAUGAGAUCUUCCUUUAGUUCACUUCCACUUGGUUGGGAUUUUUUUUUUAUCAUCUUUUUUCUUUUCUUUUUUUUUCUUUUUUUGUGAUUUUUUUUUGUUUGUUUCUUUUUUGUUUUUUUUUGUUUUUGUAUGUUUUAUACACUAGGUUAUAAAAUAAAAUGCUUGAGAAUUUCA